UCAUUCUCUUAUAAAGAAGAACAUAAGCGGAGAAGAUUACAAUUCUUCUCGUUUUACUUCUUUCACUUCACAUUCUCUUCUUCUUUCAAUCCAAGAAAGAUGGACUGGAAUUGGAGCUUGACAAGCUCUUUUCUUGCCACUGUCAUGCUCAUUCGAUCAAUCCCAUCUCUCAUCCCUCCCCAAGUCCAUGAAUUCAUUUCCUACUGCUUAAAGUACUACAGAUCUCUCAACCCCACCAUGUCAAUCUUAAUCAACGAACCCAGUUUGCAGAACGACUUCUACAACAACAUCUACGAAUCUAUUGAAACCUACUUAAGCUCCAAGUGCUUCUCAUCAGCAAAUGUUAUAAAAAUGUCAACAGACAGAAGCUCAAAUUCGCUCUUGUUUGCAAUGGCAGAGGACCAGAGCAUAGAGGAAACAUUCGACGGCUUCAAAUUGAGAUGGUCCUUGCGAGCGUCGGGCAAGGAUCAGAACAAAUCAGGCGACAAUCAGAACAAAUCCAACUACUAUGAAUUAUCGUUCUAUGCCAAACACAAGGAUGCAGUACAAACAAAGUAUAUCCCUCAUGUAUUGAAAGAGGCCGCGGACAUAACGCUCCAGAAUCGUAAUCGGAGGCUCUUUAGUAACAGAGAGGAAAGUGGGGUUAGCAUCUCAUUUUGGAGCUCGAUUCCAUUUUUGCAUCCAUCCACAUUUAAUUCCAUAGCUAUAGAUCCCCAUCUGAAGGAAGGGAUUAAGAAUGAUCUGUUGAAGUUUGUUAAUCAAAGCGAGUUUUAUGAUAGAGUUGGACGAGCUUGGAAACGUGGAUAUUUACUGUAUGGCCCACCUGGAACAGGGAAGACGAGCUUGAUUGCGGCAAUUGCGAAUUUUCUAGAGUUUGAUGUAUAUGAUUUGGAAUUAACUUCGGUUAUGUCGAAUAUCCAGCUGAGGAAGCUCUUGGUUUCAACUUCGAGUAAAGCAGUGAUUGUAGUGGAAGAUGUGGAUUGCAUGUUGGAUCUUUCGGAUCGGAGAAAUGGGAAAAAGAGGAAGAGUUCUGAAAUGGAGGGAGUGGGGAGUGGGAGCCAAGAUAACAAGCAUAGCAGGGUUACCCUGUCCGGUGUACUGAAUUUCAUGGACGGUUUGUGGUCGCCGUGUGGCGGAGAGAGGUUGAUGAUCUUCACGACCAAUCACAAAGAGAACCUCGAUCCCGCAUUGCUUAGGCCAGGACGGAUAGAUAAAGAGAUCAGUCUAUCGUACUGCGAGUUUAUGGCAUUUAAGACACUAGUGAAGAAUUAUCUUGAUAUAGAGGAUCAUGAGCUGAUGAAGGAGGUGGAGGUGGUCUUGCCUUCAAUUCAGAUCACUCCGGCAGAUAUUGCAGAGUUCUUGAUGGGUUUCAAUGAGGAUCCGGAUCUUGCGAUGAGAAAUGUGCUCGAAGAGAUGAAGAAACGCCAGAAAAAAGAUGCACAACAUAUUAAUAAAGAGGUUAAUUCCGAAGAAGAAACACAGGUCGUAAAGAAAAGUAAGAAUAAGACGGACAAGAAAAUGAUACCAAGAAGACAACAGACAAGAAAAUGAAGAAUACAGCAAAGAAGUUAGAAGAAGAAGAAGAUGAUGAUGAAAAUGAAAAUGAUUAAGAAGAAGAACAAGCAAGAUGCUAAACCGUUUUACCAUUGCACCUUUCUAAAUAGUUGUUACUUGCAGUAUUUUUUUUUCUUUUUCUUUUUCUAUACAUGCACCCCUAUCUUACAUUUCUCAUUUUCUUCAUACUCUUUUAGAAAAGCAAGGAAACCAAUAUAUGGUUUUCAUUCUCUUCCUUAUGCAGAUUUUACGAAGGGGCCAUUUGGAUGCUUGUAAAUGGGCCAAGUUAUAAAUGAUUU